AUGGGUAGUCGCAAGUCAAAACACAUCAUUCCAUCCACGACUCUCACUGAUGAACAAAUCAACAAGAUGUGUCAACAACUUCAUCUCUCGACCGACGAAAUCCGACAACGACACUCGGACUUUAUCCACCAGUAUCCACAUGGUUUCAUCACUCGAGAACAGUUCUUCGACUCUCUCAACGAAGUCUGGCCUGAAACUCAUAUCGACAAGUUCGCUUCUCAUCUCUUCGUCACCUUAGAUCGAGAUCGAAAUGGUGGAAUCGAUUUUAUGGAAUACAUGAUGUUGACUUCUAAACUCGAUUCGGAUCACAUGAAUGUGAACAACGAUGAGAAUGCCUAUCUCGAACUGCUGUUUGACAUCUUCGAUCGAAACCAUAAUGGAUAUCUGGAGAAACGUGAACUGAAGCCACUAGUUGAAUCGAUCUAUGAUUUAGCUGGUUUGCCGGAAGAUGAACGUCAUGGAGUGAACUCAAGUCAUGCUCAAGUGAAAUAUUUAUUGAAUAAGCUGGACAAGAAUGGUGAUAAGCGUUUAUCGAAACAGGAAUUUCUGAAUGAGGAAAACUGGAAUCGUACUGAACAAUUCGGACGUCUUCUUUUUAAUUACUAA